CUCUCUCGCCCCAUCCACUCCAAAGCUGUACGGGCGACUUUUGCGCAUGUACGGCCAGUCAAAGCGAGCAUUGCAUCGACUCACAAGAUGGCGAAAACACGUCUGGUUUGCCUCCUGACUCUGCUCUCAACUCACUGCUAUUUCUGCGUGUUAGCGGUCGUACUGAAAACAAAUGACAAGUCACCUUGGACCAAUGAGUUUGAAUCGGUGGAAUUGUCAUGUUUGAUUGAGUCCAUUUCCACAACCAAUCCCAGAAUCGAGUGGAAGAAGAUAAAAACUGAAGGUCCGAGUUAUGUGUUCUUUGACAAGAAGAUUUCAGGUGAUUUGGAGAACAGAGCGAAGAUCCGAGAACCUGCAACAUUAGUGAUAACAAAUGCAACAAGAUCAGAUACAGCACAAUAUCGGUGCGAGGUCACUGCCCGCAAUGACCAGAAAUCUGUCGAUGAGAUCAUUAUCAAUCUCGUCGUAAGAGUAAAGCCGGUGGUGCCAAAAUGCAGUGUCCCAAAAUCGGUGCCUUUCGGGAAGUCAGCUGAGCUCCGCUGCGUGGAGGACGAGGGCUUCCCCAAGUCUCAGUACCAGUGGUUCAAAAACAGGGAGGAGAUCCCUGAUGACCCAAAGACCAGCCCCAAGUUCUUCAACUCAUCUUACACACUCAACUCAGAAACAGGAACUCUGAAGUUCAUCACCGUAAGAAAAGAAGAUGCGGGCGAGUACUACUGCAGAGUAAAGAACGAUGCCGGCCACGCUGAGUGUGGACCACAAAAGAUGGAAGUCUAUGAUAUUGACAUUGUGGGGAUUAUACUCGGAGUGUUACUGGUGGCGGUGGUGUUGCUGUGUAUAACGGUGGGCAUCUGCUGCGCAUACAAGCGUGGCUACUUUGCUAGCCAAAAACAGACAGGGAACAGUUACAAAGUUCCAGCUAAGGGAGAUGGUGUGGAUUAUGUCAGGACAGAGGACGAGGGUGACUUCCGACACAAAUCCUCAUUUGUGAUCUGAAAGGAGAGAGGAGGAGGAUGAUGGUGUAUUGCUGAGUCAAAGGCAUGACCUGUGGGACUGCCCUCCACGCUGUCUGAGCACGGAGCUGCCACCGUUCAUGUUCUAAGCUCUCGGCAAAAUGCAAAUCCAACAAUUCAAGUUUGCCAAAGGUGACAAGAUUUCACAGAAAGACAAAAUAUUAAACACAAAGGGACUGAGAUUCAUUUCUGCAGCUUCAGCACCGCCAACUCAUUAAUUAAUUUUGCUCAAUUAUGGGUUUUUACUUUACAGUUACUGCAUGUUUUUAAUUCAAGUGAAGUAAAAGCAUUGUUCUGCCACGUAGAAAGACACACUUCUACUUGUCAAACAUUUUGCUUCCAACCUUAUGUAAUUUGUAAUACAUUUCUUUUAUACUGUUGAAUUUUGUCAGACUAUUUUUGAUGGAAUAUAUUUUAAAAUGCCUAUAGAUAAAGGUUUACUUUUUUAAAUAUUUGUAAAAUACUAACAUGUAUUAUGUUUUUUGUUUUGUUUUGUUUUUUUGUUGCUAUUUGGUUGUGGAUAAAAAUGUGUAACACUUUAAACCACUUUGCAUCAAGCUGUAAGCAUUUACACCUCUGCAACAGAAAGAAAGAAGGUGAUUGAGGGAAAAAAAAGACAAUUUGUAUUAUCAUAUCAAGAUGUUCUUGGUCGGCGGUCUUACAUCUUUAAUAUCUUAGCUGGGGAUGCCCAGUUUAUGUUGUGAGAGACUUCCAUGUUAAAGUUUGUAGAUAGUCUUAGUAAGAAGCUUUGAAGAGUGCCAGUCAAAUGCUGUGAAACACUGUACGCAAUCAGUGCUGCGUUUUCUUGAUUUUAAGUGUCCUUCUAUGCUUGCUGUUAAUCUUGUAUAUCUUGAAUUUACUGAGUUUUGCUGUCAUACGUACUUUCAGUAUUACACAAAAAUAAUACCACAGGGUUUGGAAGUUAACCCUCCAGAUCACACGUCUUGGUACGUUUGCUGGAAUCGUAUGUUUAUUCCAAAUUUUAACUGCACAUGACGAGUUUAUUUGAACAGUUAUACACGGUACAUGCUGUUCAUGGUACCGAUUCCACUGCAGAGGCAUGAGCUGAAAGCUCUGUUUGAAUUUUGAAUGUUCACAAAUUGAAUAACAGGACAUGGAAAGUGUGGGUUUUUGUGUUAUAGUAAGUCAAAGGGGUUUUUUAUUACCUCUUGAGGCACCUUUGUUAAGAUACAGGUACCAAUGAAAUCUGACAAAACACUCCAACAGAUGUAGAAACACAUCCAUCACAAUUUUGGUAUAAAUUGUGGUUUGCAUUUAUAGAAUUAUAAUUGUGUCUCAAUUUGUGGAUCAUUUUGGAUGAAUACGCCAACCGUUCUGUCAGAAUCUCUGAUCUGUGAACACUCAGGUUUGCCUGCUUACUAUUACAACUACACCACAGCUUCAGCCAAUCACAAGAGAAUGACAUGAAUUCUCAGUAAUUGAUAUUUAAUCAUAGCGUGUCAUGACUGAAGGCAGUGGGAGCAAAUCAAAUUAAAACACAAUCAGCGAUAUUUAUUUGAGCAAAUGAAGCAGUUACUUGUGUGAUAUGAGUGUCUACAAUAAAUAAAUUAAUAAAUCUUUUUUGAUCUUCAGAAAUGUUCCAAAGGGCUAUUCUGAAUUGAGACACUAAUAUAAUUCCGUAGAGCAUUUGCUGAUGUUCAUGGUGUUUAGAAGUGUUUUACUAAUAAUUGCGCUAGCUGGGUAGACUUCAUCAAAUAAAUAGUUACAACUUUUAGUUUUAACUGACUGUUUUGUUUGAAAAAACAUUGUAGCCUUCAUCAAAGGUCCUACAUAUGGAAGAGCGUUAGGGCCAUAUGAAAAAACUACAUGUAUUGCAUUCAUUCUUUCAGUAUUUCAGUAUAGUUGCAAUCCAGAUCAAUCAACUCUGUAUUUUAGAAUUUGUUUUACUUAUAGAUAAGGCGUAGAGGGGUCUGGAGGGUUAACGGUUGCAAAAAUUGUAUAUAGAUAAUUGUUUCUUUCUCCCACGGUUAUAUAAGGUGGUGAAAAGUCAGAUUUCUUGUUUGAGGCAAUAUGAACCUCUUUCUAGUUGUAAGGUUGAAAAA